GGACCUGACGUUUGGAAGCGCAGUGGAGGUGCAAGGGAAACUGGUCAAAAGCCCUCACAAGAUGCAAAACGUGGAGCUGAAAGCUGAAAGCAUCCGUGUGGUGGGACCUUGUGAUAUUUGGUCCUUCCCCUUCAAGAUGAAGGAGAGGCACCCGCUGGAGUAUGUCCGACAGUUCCCUCACCUGCGAUGCAGGAACAACACGCUGGGCUCCCUCCUGAGAAUCCGCAGUGAAGCCACAGCAGCCAUCCACUCGUUCUUCCAGGAUCAUGGCUACGUGCAUAUCCAUACUCCCAUCAUUACAUCAAAUGAUUGUGAAGGUGCCGGGGAACUCUUUCAAAUUGAGACAUCAAAUGAGGCAAAGGAAUCUGCAGAAAAGACCCAUUUCUUCAAUGUGCCUGCUUUCCUGACAGUUUCUGGCCAACUCCAUUUGGAAGUGAUGGCAGGGGCUUUCACCCAUGUGUUCACCUUUGGCCCGACCUUUCGAGCAGAAAACUCUCAGAGUCGCCGGCACCUGGCGGAAUUCUAUAUGGUGGAGGCUGAGCUGUCCUUCACUGAAAGCCUCCAAGAUGUCAUGCAG